AAGUUGAAACUAAACAUGUUAUCAAUCCCCUUGCAGUGCAUCACCAUUACCAGCUUAUUUCUAGCUAGCGAUGGAUUCUAUGUCCCCGGGGUAGCCCCGGUAGAGUUUAAAAAAGGCCAAAGAAUUGAAGUGAAAGCUGUUAAAAUGACUAGUAUCCACACGCAAUUGCCAUAUGAAUAUUACUCCUUACCUUUAUGUUUACCAAAAAAUGGAACAUUUGUUUAUAAAUCCGAAAAUUUGGGCGAAGUGUUACGUGGAGAUCGUAUAGUAAACACUCCGUAUGAGGUCCACAUGGCUGAAAACAUUAAAUGCAGGUUAUUGUGUCACCAUAAAAAUAAUCCUAUCAAUUGGAAUGUUGAAGAGUCAGAAAAAGUAGCAAGUCGGAUUGAACAUGAAUAUUUUGUGCACCUGUUGGUAGAUAAUUUACCAGUGGCUACAAAGGUCAUAAACAUUGAUACAUCUGAAAGAACCAUUGAACAAGGCUACCGACUUGGUUUUAUGUCUAAAGGAAAAGCCUACAUCAACAAUCAUUUGAAACUAUUGUUGAAAUUCCAUAGGCACAGCCAUGACUCUUACAGAGUGGUAGGAUUUGAAGUUGAGACCUUUUCUGUAGACAAAGAUGAGUUAACUUUCUUAGAUGAUUUUGGAUGUCAGUUACCCUCUGAUCCAAAACCUCAGCUUGUUAAUGAAGAUACUGGCACUAAACUGUAUUUCACAUAUUCUGUUGAGUGGGGAGAGUCAGAUAUAAGUUGGGCAUCUAGAUGGGAUAUAUACCUUGGAAUGAAAGAUGUUCAAAUACAUUGGUUUUCUAUUAUAAAUUCUAUUGUUGUGCUAUUUUUCUUGUCAGGUAUAUUGACUAUGAUCAUGGUAAGAACUCUGAGGCGAGACAUAGCACGAUAUAAUUCAGAUGAAAGUAUAGAUGACAUGAUGGAGGAAACUGGAUGGAAAUUGGUUCAUGGAGAUGUGUUUCGACCGCCACCUAAGCGAAUGCUUUUUGCUGCUGUUAUUGGGAGUGGUAUACAAGUCUUCCUUAUGGCAUUAAUUACCAUCUUCAUUGCUAUGCUGGGCAUGUUAUCUCCAGCAAGCAGAGGUGCAUUGAUGACUUCAGCUAUACUCCUCUAUGUGUUCAUGGGUCUAAUAGCUGGCUACUACUCUGCUCGUCUUUACAGUACAAUGAAAGGAAAACAAUGGAAGCAAGCUGCAUUCUUGACUGCCACAAUCUAUCCUGCUAUUGUGUUUGGCACAUGCUUCUUUUUAAAUUUCUUUAUCAUGGGAAAGCAUUCUAGCGGGGCAGUACCCUUUUCAACCAUGAUGGCUUUAUUGUGCCUAUGGUUUUGUAUCUCACUACCAUUGGUCUAUUUGGGAUAUUACUUUGGGAUAAGAAAACAACCAUUCCAACAUCCUGUCAGAACUAACUUCAUUCCAAGGAAAGUACCAGAACAAGUGUGGUACAUGAAUGUUUUCAUAUGCAUUCUGAUGGCUGGCAUUCUUCCAUUUGGGGCAGUAUUUAUUGAACUGUUCUUCAUAUUUAAUGCAUUAUGGGAAAACCAAUUUUACUACCUCUUUGGUUUCCUGUUCCUGGUGUUUUGUAUUUUGGUGGUUUCUGUGUCGCAAAUAUCAAUUGUAAUGGUAUAUUUCCAACUUUGUGGAGAGGACUAUCAUUGGUGGUGGAAAAGUUUUAUUGUUUCUGGAGGAUCAGCUGUGUAUAUCUUGAUAUAUUCAGUAUUUUAUUUUUUCACCAAGCUGGAAAUAACAGAAUUCAUUCCAACAUUGCUUUAUAUUGGAUAUACAGGACUCAUGGUGCUGACAUUCUGGCUUUUGACUGGUACCAUCGGAUUUUUCGCUGCUUAUACUUUUAUAAGGAAAAUUUAUGCUGCAGUCAAAAUUGAUUAGAUUUUAAAUGUAAUUUGAGCCUAUAAAUGUUCUGCAAAAUCAUUUUGGUUGUAAAUCUAUCGAACAAUUCAUGGAAAGCUGUCCGCCAAUAUUGCGUGUAAAUAAGACAUGUUUGCGUUGUAGAUCAUUUUAAGUAGCAGUCAAGUGCAAUCAGAAUGAUGUAGGUACUUAUACACUUUUGAUGGAUGUUGCCAUGUGGAAGUAUACAUUACAUUUAUAUUUAUUCCACUUUAUUUAAUUUGUGAUUAACAUUUAAGAACUUUGUUAGAGUUUAAUUAAGCAUCAUGAUUUGCAUUUUAAGAACUUUUGAUCAGAAAUAGUACUUAGCUCAUAUUGCACAAAAUAAUGAUGACCCAAAAUUAUUAAUUUUCCUGGUUGAAUUUUCUUUUAAUCAUUAAUUCAGUGCAACGCCACGAUAUACUCUCAACUUCACGUUAAUUUAGAUUUAAUUAAACAAGUUUGAUAUUAAAAAUAUCAAUAAAAAUAAUCUUAUAUGAUUAAUUGCAA